UUCGGCGUUCACGCGGCUUCGUGUUCCGUCCGGAGCGGACGGUAGUUUUGACAGUUGAAACGCGCGAGUUUUCGCUUGCACCUUGCGGAAUCAUGAGCGAGGGGAGUAACAACAACAGCAAUAAAAACGUGCAGGAGCAGACGCGAUGCUUCAUCUGCGACGCCGACGUCCUGGGCCGCUACUACGCCCUGGCCACGUGCAGAACGCAGACCACGCGGACCAAAGUAAUCGAGAAACUCGGAGAAUUGGUCGGCGAGGGAUACAUGGUCGUGAUAUCCGAGGACGACGUGAUCUGCCGUAGCUGCGGCGUGCUCGUCAACACCCUCGACCGGCUGGAGACGGAGAUGCGCAACGCGCGGAACCACGUGCUGCGCUUCCUGGAGAGGAAGUAUUGCCUGAAGGACGGGGAGCUUCGCAACAACGACAAGCCGAGGUCCUGCCAGCCGCCGCAGAUCACGAGGUCCUGCGCGGCGAGGGAGGCCGCCGCCGCCGUCGCCGCCGUCGCUAAAUCGCCGAGCAAGAACGACAACUCGGAGGGUCACAAGAGGGCACCGCCGAAAUCGCCCUCCUGGCUGCAGUGCGACAAGUGCAAAUACACCACGCAUCUCAAUUCCUUCAUGAUUCACCACUUGAGGGAGCAUCUGAAGGAGAAGCAGGUCUGCGACAACUGCGGCCACGUCCUGAUGACGCAGCAGCGCAAGAAGCACAGUUGCAGCAAGGCGAGCGACUCGACCAACAAGGAGAAUAAGACAGACAAUUCUGGAGUUGUCAACAAAGCAAUACCUGUGGAGCAAACUCAACUAGUCUUGACUACUCAAACCACGCCGCCGCCAUUGAUAGCUCUGUCAAAUUGCGAUCAUCUGUAUGUCUCCAGCAUCUUACCAACGAGUGAUUCCACAUCUUCCCAAGAACCGAUGUACAUUCUGCCUGACGACUCGAAGAAAACGACGAGACUCGAGUCCAACUCGGGCUCAAAUCCCGCGCAAAAAACGGAAGCGAGCGGAGACAGCGGCGAGGAUAGAAAACAGUUUUUGAUUUUGAAGGAGGAUGGCAGUCUGGAAGUGGUGGACGCAGGCGCAGUAUUUCGAUUCGACGACGGCCUAGGAUUCGAGUAACUACUAGGAAGAGUUAAAGACGAAAGUAUUUUUUCGAUCGCUCUUACAGACUAUUCGUCAAUCAAGCUGAAUACAAUGUACAAGAGUUCAGUAUAAUUCUAAUGUAUGUGAACGUAAUUUUUGUCGUAGGCGUGUUUUUUUGCAUGUGACACUCGCUAUGACAUCCAUUGUAUUCAAAGUUAUUCAAAGUUGCAUAAAAAAAAAUAAGGUGCGUGGUGUUUUG